AUCAACAUCAUCGGCUCAUAACUUGAGUUCUAUUUCAGUCGAACGGUUGCUGGCAAAAUCACUGCUGACUUACUAUUGUGAAAUCAAUUUCGAAUAGUGUUAAAAAUAAGAAACAAAUUAAAAACGGUUUUCUAAAACAUACAAAACAAAAUGGACAAGUUUUUAGUAUUGACAUUGACGUUUGCAUUGAUUUUUGGCUCAAACAAUGCACUGGAAUUCAAAGAUUGUGGUUCGGAAUUGGGGAAAUUCAGCAAAGUUGUUGUAUCUAAUUGUGACGAAGCGUCUAGUGUUUGCGUCUUAAAACGUCACACAAAUGCAACCAUUGACUUGGAUUUUAAUUUGGUUGAUGACAGCAAAAUUGAGAAUGUGUCAACUGUUGUACAUGGUGUUAUACUCGGUGUAGAGAUGCCUUUUCCGUUGGCAAAUCCGAAUGCUUGUGUUGACAGUGGCAUCGAAUGUCCAUUAGAAAAAGGAAAAAACUACAAUUAUCAACAAACGUUGCCAGUUUUGAAGUCCUAUCCAAAGGUUUCCGUUACCGUCAAAUGGGAAUUGAAAGAUGUGACAAGUGCAAAAACUAUUAUCUGCGUUCUUAUUCCAGCCAGAAUCGAAUAAAUAACAACGGAAUGUCAAUCAACUGUGACAUUCUAAAAAUCAGCAUCAUUUCAAUGUUACAUGGGGUCAUCAUUUAAUUAAAACUCAUCAAAACACAAGCAAUGUUUUAUUAUUAUUAUUAUUAGUUUGCUGUAUAACGCUCCCUUUAUCAGAAAUAAAAGCAAACCGCAUUGCGACUACGUUGAAUUAAUAA